CUGCCUAUUGCCUCUUGCUGCCUGCCUAGAUACCAGCGUGCUGAGCACGCCUCCGGCCCUCUCCGGUCUUUCACUCCUCUCUCUCGGGCCGUUACAAAUAUGGCGACAGAGAGACAGUCAAGUCCACCUCCUCAGACGGGGGGUAGUGCGCCCCGUGCUCCGCUGACGCCGGAGCAGUUGCGGCGAAUUGAAGUCAACCGCAUGAAGGCCAUAGCUCUACGAGAGCAACGACAGGCAGAACAGGCCCGCGCGACAGAAGGGAAAUCUACAACCGGAGUCAAGCGAACCUACUCCUCCAUGACGGCCUCUGAAACCCCCACGACUGUCCGCGAUGCGGCCGCUACAACUAGUCGCCCGCUCGAUGCCAUCCGGCCGGCGCGGAAUUUUACGAAAUAUGUCGAGUACGACUUCUCCAAGAUUACCGACACGAAGGGCGGGUUCUUGACGGAGGAAGAUGAUCGGGAUAACAAGGCACUGCAUGUGAGGGAUGAGAAGGCUGAGCAGAAGCCGCCGCAGAUGACGCAGAAGGAAUGGGAACGACAGCAGUUGCUGAAGACUCUUCAUCGGGAGCGUGCGGGACCGUUUGAACCCGGGCUGAGUGUAUUGGAUGAUCGAACGCGGCAAAAGAAGUGCCGUGAGUGUGGUAGUCUGGAGAUUGAUUGGAAGUGGGAGGAGUCGCUUCGGUGCUGUAUCUGCCAUGCGUGCAAGGACAAGUUUCCGGAGAAAUAUAGUCUUCUUACCAAGACGGAGGCGAGGGAGGAUUAUCUUUUGACGAAUCCUGAACUCCAGGAUGAGGAGCUUCUCCCCCAUCUUGAACGUCCGAAUCCGCAUAAGUCGACGUGGAAUAACAUGAUGCUGUACCUGCGCUACCAGGUGGAGGAAUAUGCUUUUUCCGCGAAGAAAUGGGGUUCACCUGAAGCCUUGGAUGCCGAGUUCGAGCGACGAGAGACCGAGAAGAAGCGUAGGCGGGAGGCCAAAUUCAAGGGCAAACUGGAAGAUCUCAAGAAGCGUACGCGGGUCGACGCAUACCGGCGGAAUCGCCAAGGGGCCGCGGGAGGCAAUUUCGGGGAUGACCUGGGGAAUGGUGGGAGGCAUGUCCACCAGUGGGGACGGUCGAUUGAAGACCCGAAGACGGGGAUCGGGGUCAAGAAGUGCGUGGACUGCGGGAUGGAAGUUGAAGAACUCGAAUUCUAAACAUUAUAUCCCGUCGUCCUUUGACAUCCAUUUCAUCGUAGGUGAUACGGAGUACGGACUAUCUACCAUCUGCUGCGU